AUGGACCCUGUGGCCGUCAUGGAGUCUUCCUUCGCGCCCUUCGACGCGCGCCUCCAGCCUGGGCGCAUGGACCCCGUGCCGGUCUUCGCCGUCGAUCUGGAUCAGACAGAUCUGGCCGCGCGCUGGGCGUGGGUCAGAGAUUACGCUCAUCACUUUCACGCGGCCCGCCAGCUGAUCCUUGGAGAGGUGGGCGUGAACGCAGAUGCUCCGACACCCCUCUGGGUGCAGGUCGGGGCGCGCGCCAUUUUAUCGGCCACCCCAGCAGCGCUUCGUCCUGAGCUCGAGGCGUGCGCCGCUGUGUGCGGCGUGCCUGCUGGUGAGCUCGCGCUGCUCAAUUAUCUCUACGAGCUGAAGGCCAAGUGCAGCUCGUUCGUUGUGGCACAGCGUGGAUCCGGGCGGCCGCUGCACGCGCGCACCCUCGAUUGGCCGGGAUGUGCGGUCCUCUGCGAGUGCACCGUGCGCCUGCGCUUUUUGCGUGGUGGGCGGCUGCUGUACGAGUCUCUCACCUGGCCGGGCUACCUUGGAGUCCUCACCGCAUGCGUGCCGGGGAGGUUCUCCGUGUCCGUCAACUUCCGUGGGGACGAACGCGCGGAGCUUCCGUGGGAGCUGCCCGGCAACGGCGCGGUCCAUACGGUCGUGUCGGAGGUGCUUCGCCGCGGGGUCGCCAUGCUCGGUUCGCUCACUGGCAGGUGCCGCAGCGUGGGGUUUUCUGUGCGACAGAUGAUCGAGCAGGAGCCACCGGUCGACUUUGAAGGCGCGCUUUCGCAGCUCAGCAGCGUCCAGCUGCUCGCUCCCGUCUACUUCACUCUCGCAGGCCCUGAGCGUGGCGAGGGCGCCAUCCUCGUCCGUGGGCCAGCUCCCAUCCCUUUGCCGACCUCGGAGGGCGAGGCAUGGCGGAUCCGCAGGCUGGACGACCCCGCGUACACGCGCAAUGGCCUGCUCUACCAGGCCAACUCGGACACCGCAGUGAGCGCCGGCGACGACGAGCUUCUCGCGCUGCAAGAGGAGGAGGGCCAGGGAGGGCUGGUCUCGUGGGAUCGCAUUCGCGUCGCGCAGGCCUUGGCGGAUCGAUAUGGGCCGCAGUACAGCCUCGCGGACGUGAUUGACAUGGUGACAGCGCAGGCAGGGGAGCUCCAGCCACAGGCGAAGCGGCUGGAGGUGAAGGUUGCCGAGAUGAGCGGCAUCGCUAACACGCUCACCAUCUUCUCCUGCGUCCUCGACCCGAGCGCACCAUCCGGUGACGCGCUCGCCAUCCGUUGCGCGCGCCACUCGUUGUUUGAGAGCGUCGAGUACGAGGACGGCAGCAAGGGCGAAGAGAUCGUGCUGCCGAAGCGGAAGGCCGGCAACGGAUGGCGCGACGCCCCGUGCUUUCAAUCGGGUGAGCUGGGGUACGGCUAUGCCGCCGCCAUGGUCGCGGUGCAAAAGGAGCACGCGCCGCCGGGGAUGGGAGGGAUGGAUCGCAGCUGA